AUCCUCGGAUUCACCGGUUCUCAAAAGGAAAAAACAGAGAGAUCCUCGGAUUCACCACCAUCUCCGGCGGCGGCGGCGGCCGCGACAACCGAUUCCACCACCUUCCUUCCACCCGCCCGAGUAGCCAAAACAGAAGCCCCCCCCCGAGCAAGCGAGCACCUUCGAGCGGCUCGCCGGAGGAAGCGGCCCGCCGCCGCAGGCAGGCCAGAGGAGAUGUACUGCCAGUCGUGCAAGAACGUGUACGACGAGGAGGACGCCGGGACCUGCAAGGAGUGCUACGAGGAGGCCAGCGAGACGGAGGAGGAGCUCAAGCGCGAGAUCGACGACCUCCGCUCCCGCCUCCUCUUCCUGCGCCUCCCCUCCCCCACGCUCGACGCCUCCGCCGCCGGCCACUCCGACCUCCUCCUCCACGCCAUCCCCGCCUCCUCGACCUCGCCCUCCCCCUCCGGCGACGCCGACGGGGCCCGCCUCGACACCCCCGCCGUCCCGGCCCACCGCGUCAUCCUCGCCAGCAGGUCUCCUGUGUUCAGAGCAAUGCUUGACAGCGAGAUGGAAGAGAGCCGGAGCGGCGUCAUCAAGAUGUACGACGUGUCCUAUGAUGUCCUCCGUGCUUUUGUCCACUACAUGUACACGGGCGAGGCUCUCCUGGACGAGCAAAUGGCCUGCGAUCUCCUGGUGUUGGCCGAGAAGUACGAGGUGAAGCACCUGAAGACCUACUGCGAGAAGUUCAUCACGUCCAAGGUGAACAACGACAACGCCAUCGUUCAUUACGCAUUUGCGCACCGGCACGGCGCGAAGCAGCUGCUCGAGGCCUCCAUGUCGGCGCUCAUGGAUAGCAUGCCCACGCUGGCGGAGCGGGAAGAGUACAAGGAGCUGGUCGAGAGGGACCCGAGGAUCCUCGUGGAGAUCUACGAGACCUAUGUCAGCCGACAGGACAAUACUGCCGCCGAGAGGGAUUCAGAUUGCUGCUGUAGAAAGUGAUAGCUGAGGGUAAAAUAAAGCCAUAACAGCAUAAAAUGUGGUUUGGUGAGAUAUACAUUGAUGCAACUAUGGAUCGUUACCCAGAUUCCAGAAUGGAUCUAAGUUGACUAAAAUGAUUAUUUCUAAUAUUUUGUAUUUA